ACGAACAAAACAACAAAAACUUAGUUUGGUAAUUUUUGACACUGUCAAGAAACUCUUUACACAGAGUAUUAAGCAAUUGACUUCACGUUCAUCGAAUGCACUAACUUCAAUAGGUAAUUUUCUAAUGAGAAUUGGUUGCACUCAAUAAUGGCAUUUGGUUGCUGCAUUCGUAAUAUUAUAUAAUAUGUGUCCUUAUGCCGCAUAAUGAUUUGACGUACAGUACUAACUAAUAACUAAGUCACAUUCUUCUUUAAACUCUUGCGCAAGUCUACUUCCAAUAUUUGAAGAUUUCAAUUUACUCGCUAUUCCGCGGUCUUCUCGUUUGCCAUUUUUCGCCUUUUUGCUUUUCAUUUUUUCCCCCGCUACUCAAAAAGUUGUAUAAUAUCUUUCGGGAUAAAGAGAAGAUUUCAAUCAAUUACAGUGCAUGGACCCAACUGAAAAAAGCGCUUGGACUAUAUCAAAUAUUAAUUUUACACCGGGCAUUUUAAAAAUUAUAAUUAGAUCGAUAAAGAUGCGCUCUCUUCAAAUCAUCAAAACCAAAUUUAGAGAAAUGCAAAGCAAGAAUAACAGUUAACCAUAGAAAUUAUGAACAACUUAGAUAAAGAGUUUGGAAAUUUGUUUGAAGAGGAACUAGAAAUGAAGUGGAUAACAUAGAACAAUAUAAUGAUUUAUUUGACCACGGAGAAAAAAGUGAGAAUAAAAAUGUUUUGGGAUAGAAAGGAAAACUGUCAUCGAGUUCAGGAAGUGAAAUCGAUAGAGGAGACCGAUGUACUGAAAUUUCGGCAGGAAUCAAAUCGAGCGUUCCGUGAACGUAUAACACGUCACGUGAAUUUAAGUAUUUGGCAUUAUGUCAUACGUGAACGUGUGCUCGUUGACGUAGUUAGGUAUGAUGCGUUCGGAAAGGCGUUACGUUAACGAGUAUUUCCUUAAGAACUGUCACUCGAUUACAAAAUUGUUUUCGUAAACUAGCAAGCAAUAAAAAUGAGUUCAUCGCUGAAUUCAUGCGGUAAUAUCCAAAUUUAGCGAAAAAAAAAAACUUUUGCCAAACUGCACACAGGUCAAAGCAAAUGCUUAGCCCGCCAUUUAAGGAUAUCGAAACGUGGAAGAGAGUAUACGCUGAUAAAAAGUACCAGGCGGAAAAAAACUUCCAAGUUCGCUUAAUCGCCUCCUUACAAUUCGUUCCACGACAUCACUUUCAUCGAAAGAUAAACAAAAAGUCAAACGCCGGCCAUAAUUGCUUUAUUUGACAAAAUAUUAAGCAUUUGCGAACAACUGAUUCAAAAUACGAGAAUUAUCAACUCCUUGCGGUACUCAAAAAGUGCAUAAGCCUUGAUCUACUCAACCAUCACUGCAACUGUUACGACGAUACAAAUUUUUCCCACUUAAAUUACUGCAGUAUGCAACAAAAGAUUUCAUCCAAUACAUCAAUUAGUGGCAAUAUUUCAACGAGCAGCUUCGCUAGCGAUGAUUCCAUUGGGGAUAACAUAGUGGAGGAAGACGGGAGGAUAUCCUUAGCGUAUGAGAAUUUACGUAAUAUACCACGACGAGUCGCUGAAAGAUUUGCUGCUCAUACAAGAUAUUUAGAUCUCAGCUAUAACCAUUUUCAAAACCUAUCGUUUUUGUCAUUCUUCGAUGAGUUAGAUACAUUGAUUUUAGAUCGAAACUACGAUUUGGAUAUAGACACAUUGCCGUUUUUACCCAAUCUCAAAAUUUUAUGGAUUAAUAAUUGUAACAUUAGUAAUAUGGCAGAAUGGGUACUGCGAAUACGAGAUCAAUGCCCAUCAUUAGAAUACUUAUCAGUAAUGGGAAACCCUGGCAUAAAUAAUGUUUUACCCUCCUCAACACCUUUAGCUAACUACGAUGCCGGGCCCAUGCCUACGCCUGUUACAAACGACUAUCGGGAAUACAUACUCAAAUGCCUGCCCCAACUACAGAAUCUCGAUGGAGAACCUCGAAAUAACAAAUUUCCAGUGGUCAAUCAAAAUAAUUGUUUGACUUCUACCAGCAGCUAUGGAAAUAGCCAGUCAACAUCUUCCAUCUCUAAUGAUAAAUCACCUGGAGAGGAAAGAAUCAAGCAGAUUAUUCGUACGCUAAGUUUUAGGGAUAUGUUUCAAUUAAAAAAUAAGAGAAAAAAAUUAUAUCUGAGCUCUUCUACAAACUGAUCACACACAUAUACAUAUACACACAUUCAAUAUUCAGUAUCUCUCACGCAUAAUGGAGCAUCUUUUUAACAACAUUCGCGCAUUUUGGACUUUUUUAAAAUUUCACCCAAUUCCACUGAAUCCCUAACGAUAUAAGAAUCAUUCAUAUUUACAUUUCAAUGCGUACACAUUUUUUACAUACUUUUAAAAGUCAUUACAGCUCGUGAGUAUCAUAUGUUUUCAAAAGUAUUUUAGGCAAGGUGAACAAAUAAAUGUAUUCAAUAAAAUUUACAUGACAAAA